AUGUCGGACCAAAAGGAUGUGAACAAGGAGGUUACCAGGCUGUGGCGCGCUUGGCGGACAGCCCACGAGAUGGCUGCGGAUCGCGGCUAUGAACUUGCCGAGGACGAACUCACAAUUUCACUCGACCGCUUCAAGAUGGAGUACACCAGUGCUGACGGCAGCGUAAACCGCAACAAGCUCCAGUUCUCCGCGAACCCCUCGGCCGAAAUGAUCCGCAAGUUCACCCCUCCUGCGACACCCCAGAACCCGAACCCGGCGCCCGAAUGCGGCACCCUCUGGGUCGAGUUUCUUGCCGAUACGACCUUUGGUAUUAAGGAGAUCAAGAAGUUCAUCCACCACCUCAUCAGCAACAAGUACUCGUCCGGUAUCAUGAUCACCCACGUGGCCCUCUCCCCGGCGGCUCGCAAGAUGCUCAUCACCAUCGAAUCCUUCGCCAAGGUUGAGUGCUUCCUCGAGGAGGAUCUGCUCGUCAACAUCACCAAGCAUGAGCUCGUACCCAAGCACAUUCUGCUUAGCCGCGAGGAGAAGAUCGCCCUGCUCAAGCGCUACCGCCUCAAGGAGACCCAGCUUCCGCGCAUCCUGCAAAAGGACCCCGUCGCCAAGUACCUCGGACUCAAGCGUGGGCAGGUCGUCAAAAUUAUCCGUACCUCGGAGACGGCCGGUCGAUACGCCAGUUACAGAUUGUGCGUAUAA